CAGAAUGACGGAGCAUGAGGACUUCACAAGCCUGGCUGGGUACUGGAACUCCUCUGACAUUUACCAGUUCAGCCCUGCCAGGGUUAUUGUCCCUGUGGUCUUCUUCCUCAUCUUCCUCCUGGGCACAGUGGGUAAUAGCCUAGUGCUGGCAGUGCUGCUGUGCAACAGGCAAAUGGGCCACAACACCACCAACCUCUUCAUCUUCAACCUCAGCCUGGCUGACUUCUCCUUCAUUGUUUUCUGCGUGCCUUUCCAGGCCACCAUCUACUCCCUUGAGGGCUGGGUCUUUGGCUCCUUCAUCUGUAAGGCUGUCCACUUCUUCAUCUACCUCACCAUGUAUGCUAGCAGCUUUACCCUGGCUGCCGUCUCUGUGGACAGGUACCUGGCCAUCUGCUAUCCGCUGCGCUCCCGGGAGCUGCGGACCCCGCACAAUGCAGUGGCUGCCAUGGCUGUGAUCUGGGGCCUCUCUGUGGUCUUUGCUGGGCCCUACCUAAGCUACUAUGACUUGAUCAAGUGGGAGUCCAGCUACAUCUGCAUGCCUGUCUGGGAGAAGUGGAGACGCAAGGUCAUGGACACCAGCACAUUUGCCUUUGGCUAUGUCAUCCCAGUACUGGUCAUCAGCCUCUCCUACACCAGGACCAUCAAGUACCUGUGGACAGCAGUGGCCCCCCUGGAGGACAUAUCGGAGUCCAAGAAGGCCAAGCGUAAAGUAACCAAGAUGAUCAUCAUUGUAACCAUCCUUUUCUGUCUCUGCUGGCUGCCAUACCACCUAGUCAUCCUCCGAUACCUCUAUGGAGACUUCCCCUUCAACCAGGCCACCUAUGCCUUCCGCCUGCUUUCUCACUGCAUGGCCUAUGCCAACUCCUGCCUCAAUCCCAUCGUCUAUGCCCUGGUCUCCAAGCACUUCCGCAAGGGCUUCAAAAAAGUUUUCAGCUGUCUCUUGAGGAAAGAGCACCGCAACAAGGUGCAUAUGGUCCACAUGGCCCACACGGCCCACACGCCCCACACUGUGCCUGGAUUUGAGGCAGGUUCCACUGGAGCGUCCCAGACACAUGAGGAGAAUAAAAGGCGCGAGCUGAACCCAGCCUCCAUGGCAGCCCACUCCAGUUCUUUCAAGCCCCUUCAUAUUUCAUAGUGGCCAAGCAACACACCAUCUGCCAGCUUGGCUGUGUCACCACCUUCAAGCCAC